CAGGCAUUGCUGUAUAGGCUGUCCGGUGAUUAUAAUCCAGUGCAUUCCGAUCCUGCCAUUGCUAAAGUCGCAGCAUCGCAGGGUCCUAUAUUGCACGGACUGUGCACUCUUGGAUUCGCAGUCCGUGCAGUCAUCAAAUGCACCGGUAGAGGAGACGCGAAUGCAGUGAAGAACAUCCUGGGAAGGUUCCUCUUACACAUUUACCCUGGCGAGACUCUGAUCUCCGAAAUGUGGCUUCAAGGCUCGAGGGUCCUUUACCAGGCAAAAGUCAAAGAAAGAGAUCGGACCGUGCUGGCUGGCUAUGUCGAUCUUCGUCAUAUACCUUCAGCUCUGUAAACCCUCUUUUUGAAUAACAGCUCUGUCAACCCAGUGGGCGAAAAAUGUCUGAAAACAAUUGUUCUGGGGAGAAGAUCGUUAAUUGCCCUUUUAGCAGUGGGGAAAUGACAUUCGUGCAGAAGCUUGCAAUACUGUAUGCUUAUAAGUUAUGUUGGUAGAGUGAUUGUGG